AUGUCUGACUCUAUUGUAACCAAUACUGAAAAGUUGUGUAUUGAUCCUGGUUUGAACGAAAAAGCAUACUCUUAUGCUGAUCGCUGUCAAUUCAAAUUCAACAAUGGUUCUGAUUGUUCCAAUCGUCCGCUAGAUUACGCUUGUUGGUAUUGCACAAAAAAAUAUUGUUUUGAUCAUUUAAUUGAACAUGAAGAAAAAGAACAUGCAAAAGAAGGAGAACAAGCAAAAGGAGGAGAACAUGCAAAAGAAGGAGAACAAGCGUUACGGUCGCAUCUAGUAUCUUCUGAUUCAACUUCGAAUGUUGUUUGUUCAAUGGAUAUAGCUAAAUCAUCAUCGGCAACGUCAUCAUGUCCUUAUGGCAACUGUUCGUCAGCCUGCAGCUGUACAAGAUGUCCAUGUUCUUUUAGAUCAAGUUUGGUGUCGGGAUCAGCACUGAUAUUCCAUCCAGUAGCUACAUCGACACCAGCUUAUUCAGUCGAAUUUAAUACAUUAAGAAAACAGGAAAUAGCUGAAAAUGUAAAUCAUCUUUCAACAAAUCACUCUACUAAUGUUCGGCGUUCAACAAUAAAUAAUCAACAACACUUACUUAAUAUGACACCAGGUGAGUCAAUGGAUGUUUUAUCAGGUAGAAUUGCAUCGAAUAAUCUUGCGACAUUGAAAACAACUGUACGAGAAGAAUCAAAUGUUGAAAAAGAAAAAAAAACUCCUCAAGGUGAAAGUUCAGUUACAAAUAAAGAAGAUAAUGAUAGAUUCAAUCGAGCAAAUUUUUUUUUGAAAAAUAUUACGACAUCUAUGUCUUACAUCGAUGUAUUCAUGUCUAUUGGAACACAAUAUCCGUUCGUUCAAUUAACUACGACUGAAAAUUUAUCAAAAAUUCAAUAUUUGUGCAUUGCUGAUACAUCAACAUCAUCAAAUGAAAAACUUAUUUCGAUACAUCUUUGUUUCCAAAACAAAGUAAAUUUUAAACAUAAAUUUCUUAACCAUCUUUUUCCAGGUCUGAAAAGAUCAGAUUACUUAUUGGCAACAAAUGGUGAUCAAUUCAACGCUGAAAUUAAAUUAUUAGCAAAUGGAAAAUACAUUGAAUCAUCAGUUUAUAUACCCAAGAAACAGAAAACUGUGUUGACCGACGCUCAGCGUAAGAAACAGGUCGAUGUUGCUUGUGCUGUAUUUAAACAGGAAUCCGUUCCUAGUGCUGCUGCUAUACUAAGAGAAAGUCUUCCGUAUGAAUAUUUAACAUUCGUGCGUAAUCGUAUGUUAUCAUCUACAACAACAAAUGAUCCAUCUUCCUAUUCAUAUAAUAAUACUAAACAUCUUAAAUCUGUUCAUACAACAAGUGUGAAUGAUUUACAAAUGUGUUCAGAAGCAGUAACAACACCAAUAGGUUUUAAUAAAAAUAAAUUUUCUACAUCAGUUUCAAUUCAAUGUCGUCGUGCUUCAGGUCUUGUUAAUCGUAAUAGGAAUCAAAUCUCUCGUGUCUUAUCAAGUGAUGAUUUCUCAGAAAUAAAUCAUGAUGAACCAAUUAUUACUUCUGAAAUUUCAUAUUCUCAUUCUGAAGAUGAUCUUUCACAUAAUAUUCAUUCUUAUCAAGAUGCAUUUGAUGAUCUUAUACCAACUAAUGAACGUAUUGAACAUAUGCUUAAAAAUCAAUUUAAUGGCAUGAAUAUAUUGUCUUAUUUAGGAAUGUUACUUUAUCUUUAA